GAGACCUUUGAGAAGUGCUGCCCCAAUGUCUGUGGAACGAAGAGUUGCGUGGCGGCUCGGUACAUGGAUGUCAAGGGGAAAAAAGGGCCGGUGGGAAUGCCCAAAGAGGCAACCUGUGACCGUUUCAUGUGCAUCCAGCAAGGCUCAGAGUGUGACAUCUGGGACGGGCAACCCGUCUGCAAGUGCAAGGACCGGUGUGAGAAGGAGCCGAGCUUCACCUGUGCCUCCGACGGGCUCACCUACUACAACAAGUGCUACAUGGAUGCAGAAGCUUGCAUCAAAGGCAUUACACUGAACGUAGUCACCUGUAGGUACCAUCUCACCUGGCCAAACACCAGCCCUAUCCCACCAGAAACAACAGCUCGCCCUACUACUGCCUAUUCCGAGACAACGGUCAUUGAUAUCUUGCCGCCUGCUCUGGUGAACAACCCCAUCCACCAGUCCGUCUACGUGGGAGAGACCGUCAGCUUCCUCUGUGAUGUUACAGGGAGACCCAAGCCAGAAAUCACGUGGGAGAAGCAGGUCGAUGGGAAAGACAAAGUCAUUAUGAAGCCAAAUCACGUCAGAGGGAACGUUGUGGUCACCAACAUCGCCCAACUGGUCAUCUACAACACCCAGCUCCAAGACGCAGGCAUCUAUACCUGCACUGCUAAAAACAGCGGUGGCCUUCUCAGGGCUGAUUUCCCUUUGUCAGUCAUCAAAGGAGAACCCACAUCCAAAGAAGCUUCCCAAAACAAAACACAUUUUCCAACCGAUGAGUGCCUGAAGCAACCAGACAGCGAAGACUGUGGGGAAGAGCAGACCAGGUGGUACUAUGAUGCAAAGAAAAACAACUGCUUUACUUUCAUCUACGGGAACUGUAACAGCAACCUCAACCACUUUGAGACCUACGAGAACUGUAUGUUAACGUGCAUGAACGGCCCAAUCAACAUUUGCAAUCUGCCGGCCCUCCAAGGUCACUGCAAGGCCUAUGAGCCCAGAUGGGCCUAUAACAGCCUGACAAAGCAGUGCCAGUCCUUCAUUUAUGGCGGGUGUGGAGGCAACGAGAACAACUUUGAGAGCCGGGAGGCCUGCGAAGAGAUGUGCCCUUUCCCGAAGAACACGCACUGCAAAGCUUGCAAACCACGCCAGAAGCUGGUGACCAGCUUCUGCAAAAGUGACUUUGUUAUCCUGGGCCGUAUAACGGAGCUGACUGAAGACCAAGACUCGGGACAUGCCCUGGUGACAGUGGAGGAGAUUCUCAAAGAUGAAAAAAUGGGAUUAAAAUUCCUGGGGAAGGAACCACUAGAAAUCACACUUUUGAACAUGGACUGGAGCUGCCCGUGUCCCAACAUGACCACAGUGGAUGGCCAGCUCAUCAUCAUGGGAGAUGUCCAUAACGGCAUGGCUGUCCUACAGCCAGACAGCUUUGUGGGGACCUCCAGCAUCCGGCGCGUGCGGAAACUCCGCGAAGUCAUCCACAAGAAAACCUGUGAGCUUUUGAAAGAGUUCCUAGGAUUGCAUUAA